UUCGGUGAAUACGGCACGACAGUGCGGUACAGAAGUUUGGAAGUUGAAUUAAAUUGAGGACAUAGCAACGUGGAGAGUCAGUUACUUAGCACACUGUAUACCGCACUGUAUACCGUAUCUAUCUAGGUCUAGUCCUAGACCAAAAAGCUUAGGUCUCUUUUAUUCAUUGUUUCACUGAACUCCGUUCUUCUAACUUGAUCUGUUGUUACUACCGUACUAGUACUAGGCCUACUACGACAGUGUUACUGUUACUGGUACCGUAGUAGGCCUACUAGUUCAGCCAGCGCCAGGCAAGGGACUCUAUCAAAAGAGUUGCAAGUUGGAGACCAAACUCAAAGAAAGCCAAAAACUAAUGGUGAUAUUGUGCUUGGAAUGGCAGACGGUUGUGAAGGUGACUUUGUCAUCAUUGGAGGUGGUGUUGCCGGAGUAUCGUGUGCAGAGCAGCUAUCCCACCUUUGUCCAGAUACCAAGAUCAAGCUUUUUACAGCAUCACCUCUCAUCAAGGCUGUGACAAAUUAUCAGAAGGUUUCUCGUGCCUUGGAAGACUUUGAUGUGGAAGAGAAGCCAUCUCAGUGGCUUGAGGUCAAGUGUCCUAAUGUAGAGGUCAUCAGGUCAGAGGUCAAAGAACUUGACCCAGAGCAACAUCUCAUCAAGACUUCAGAUGGUCAUCAUACCCGCUACUCCAAGAUCUGUAUCUGUACGGGAGGAAGUCCUAAGCUAAUUGCGGCAGAUAACCCCUAUAUUUUAGGAAUCAGAGAUACAGAGAGUGUGAGAACAUUCCAGAAGCAUUUAGAAGGAGCUAGAAGAAUCAUUGUGGUUGGUAAUGGAGGCAUAGCUACUGAACUGGUAUAUGAGGUGGAAGGAUGCCACGUAAUAUGGGCUGUCAAAGAUCAAUCUAUUUCAAGCACAUUCGUUGAUGCUGGAACAGCCGAGUUCUUCUUGCCCCACCUAGUGGAAGAAAAGAAGGCGGGUGAUGUAGGGCCUUCCAAGCGGUUGAAGUAUUCAGUCACCAAAUCAACAGGUGAUGACACCAGCAAACAGCCUGGGGUUCUUGGUAGUGCGCUUGGCCCUGAUUGGAGCUCUGGUUUGAAUAUGAGAGGUCAAGGGUCACAAUCUCAUUCUGUUCAUGUGGAAUACAAGUGUGAGAUCCAAGAAUUGCUGACUCCUGAUGAAGCAAAGAAGCUAGGGAUGACGGACACUGUACCUUCUGACAGUGCAUUAUCAGACCAUACAAACCCAUGGCCUGUUUAUGCCAAACUUACAAAUGGCAAAAUAUAUGGAUGUGAUUUUAUUGUGAGUGCAACCGGAGUGACACCAAAUACUGCUGUAGUACCAUCUCUGAAACUUGGUGUAGAUGGUGGUGUUGAAGUUGACGAUCACAUGAGGACUAGCAUUGCUGAUGUUUAUGCUGCAGGUGAUGUGUGCACUGCUACAUGGGAUCCAGCACCAAACUGGAUCCAGAUGAGACUAUGGUCUCAGGCUCGUCAGAUGGGCGCAUACGCUGCCAAGUGCAUGGUGGCUGACAAGACUGGUGAGACGAUCCCUCAGGAUUUCUGCUUUGAGCUCUUUGCCCAUGUGACACGGUUCUUCGGUUUCAAGGUCGUCUUGCUGGGGAAGUUUAACGGUCAGGGGCUUGGAUCGGACUAUGAGGUUUUGCUGCGGAUGACGAAGGGGGUUGAAUUUGUGAAGGUGGUGAUGCAUUGUGGGUUGAUGAGAGGAGCCAUAUUGAUCGGGGAUACUGAUCUUGAAGAAACCUUUGAGAAUCUUAUUUUGAAUGAGAUGGACCUGAGCAGGUAUGGUGAAGACUUGCUUGAUCCAAACAUUGACAUUGAAGAUUACUUUGACUAAUUCACCAUUUGCUUUGACAUACAUUGGUAAUCUCAAAGCAUAGAUCAAGUUAACCUUUAUGGCCCAUUGGAGACUACCAGCGUGCUGGGACCUAUGGAAAACUUGUGUUGUAGGAGAAUCAUUCAGUUGCCAAUUGGCAAGGUUAACUUAGACCAUACUUGUAUGGAAUGCCAGUUGUCAACUAAUUCACAAAGUAUGAUUUAUUUUAAUCCUGCAGUGAAGAUUUUCAACAGUAUAAGUCUUGUUGUGAAAUGAGAAGGGAGGAGGAUAAUUGAGUUUCAGUUAAACUCUUUUGUUUAUGAUCUUUUUCCAUAGAUAAUGGAAUAUAAAACCUUUCAUUCCAUAGAAGUUUGGAUUAAAAUUUGUAUGUAGAGACUACCAUCCAUAUCAUGAGAUAAUUUAUAUUAAUGCAAGAUAUUAUUUUUUUACCUUAAUAUAUUUUGUUCAUAUCAAACAUGGAGCGUAUGAUUUAUGAAAAUAUAUCAUAAUUAAAAACUUUUAUCUAUAUGUGUUAGGGAUGAGGAUAGAUUGACGGUGACUCGACAUUUCCUCCUGCGACAUUUGCUUUGGUUUCAAUUCUCAGAGGGCAUAGGGUUACAGUUAGGAUUGUAAUAGAGUUUU